CCUCGGACGCCACUUCCUGCGGGGACGCGGCGGUCCCGGUGCCGCCGCCCGUGACCGGGCCGAGCGGGCCAUGGUGGUGCUGCGGGGCGGCGCGGGCCCGGAGGAGCCCUACCCGAGGAUUGAGGACUGCCUGCCCCCGUUGGAGGACUCCCCAUCCAAGAGGUUCUCCCCCUCCAAGAGGAAGCAGUAUUAUAUCAACAAGGCCAUCCGCAACUCCGACCUCAUCCCCAGGGCCAAGGGGCGCAAGAGCCUGCAGAGGCUGGAGAACACUCGCUACCUGAUGACACUUCUGGAGCGAGACGAAUGCGGGAGCGACGAGGGAGAGCUCGCCCACGCCGCCACCCCCAGCAUCUUCACCGAGGCCUGUAACAACGAGACCUACGUGGAGAUCUGGAAUGACUUCAUGAACCGGUCGGGGGAAGAGCAAGAGCGAGUCCUGCUCUACCUGGAGGAGGAGGCCAGGAAGAAGCACAAGAGGAAGCUGCCGGUCAAGAGCGAAGACAAGUGGAAAGAGCACCCUGCCUACACGCCCAAGGAGUGCUUCCAGCGCAUCAGCCGCCGCCUGCGCUCCACCCUGAAGCGGAGCAGGAUCCCCAUGGGGACGCUGGAGGGCCUGGAGGAGGAGCUGCUGGCCUUCUUCUCCGUCACCCCUCACUCCGUCUACACGGCGCUGAUGGACAACAGCUUCGAGCGACUCUUGCUCCACGCACUCUGCCAGUACAUGGACCUCGUCUCUGCCAGUUCGGACAUCGAAGGGAAACGUCAAAUGAAAGUGAGCAACAAACACCGUGUCUUCCUGCCCCCCGAGCUCCUGCUCUCAGACUACCUGGGGCAGAUGAGCUGAUGUCCCCGCGGGCCGCCCUGCCCCUCGCUUGGUGUGCUGAAGGCUUCCAUCCUCAGCUCCUGGCCUCUCCCAGUCCCCUCUGGUCCAGCCAGCCGCCCCGCUCUCCCCUUGCCCGAGCGGGGUGCAGUGCAGACCAGCUCCCCCCCAGCACCGUCCUCAUGGGGGCUCGUCCCUCCCCAGGAGCAGUGCAGCACCGCGUUCCCCCCGCGCUGCCGGGACCCUGCCAGACACGGCCACAACCAAGCGGGGUCCUGCCGCGCUCGCCCUGUUCCCUGGGUUGCAGUGCUGCUCCCCCGCCAGAGCUGCUCUCCUUGGAACUGUUUGUGUUUCUAUUUAUAGCCCAGGUGCUUUUAAAAAUAAUUGGGCUGGGCCAAACCCUCCCGCCCCCCACCCCGCCUCUGACGCUGGUGGGGUGAUUUCAGUCCGGAUUUUUCUGGGGUGAAACAGCUCCUCGCAGCCGCUGAGCCAAUGCUGAGCGAGCGGCAGAGCCUCGGGGAGCGGCGCUUCGUCAGCGCCCGUGCUGGGGUGCUUCACGGGGGGGCUCAGCCCCUGCCACCCCACUGGGCACCGGGGGCUGCUCCCCACCCCCGGGGUGCUCCGGUCCCAUGAGUGUUUCGGCAGCGCCCCGUUCCCUGCCUCGCGCUCCAGCCUGCGGCACGCCGACCUGCAACACCCCAGGGCACCGGGCUGUUUUUAAAUGUAAUAUAGGCUGUGUUUUUUAUUCCGUGUGUAUAUAUUUACGUGUGCGUGGGUGCGUGUGCUGGUGGAGCACAGCCCGGCCCAGGGGGACCCAUGGCUGCCCUGGGAGGCGGUUUGUGGGUCUCCCCAUGUCCCGCUCGCAAGGGUCUGUCGCGGGGUGACUGCCGGGGACCGCUGGAGGUGCAGGACCCCCAGCCCAGGGUUGUUGCUCUGGGCUCAGUGGCGGCCCUGUAGCCCCCGCUGACCAGCUGCCCUUAACGGGGCGUCCCCCUGAGCUGUCCCCCUGGAGCCCCCCGUGCACCCCCUGCGCCUCCUUUGCCUGUGUGACUUGGGUGCGGGCGGCUUUCAGGAACAAUAAAGCACGGUGCUCCCCUGC